AUGAGUCGACAAGUUCCGUUUUUAAAAAGUGUACUCAACGAAGCCAAUGCUCACAAACGUCAACAGCGAUUACGGUAUGCGAAUAUUGAUCAAAUCAAUGCAGUGAGUGAACUAGUCCUGAAUACUUUACGUGGUGUUGUACCUCAAGGAAAGUUCACCUUGAAGAGAAUGAGACCUCACGCAUCCGUGUUACGAUUCAUUGCCAAUCCUAGAAAUUCGGCGAAACGUCGACGACACACCAUGAUUCAUCAAUUAGGAGCCGGCAAUCUAGUAUGGAAAGAAUUACGUCGAUGUUAUGAGUGUAGCCAGCGCCUAUAUAAAUAGCGUGUGUUUUCUAAACGACAUGUUAAACCAAGAUGAGACCGCAACUCGUGGACAUGUUGGUUCGCUUACUGCAGACGUUACGGGCUAUUCUAGUGACGCUUAAAGAACUGAGAGAGAUGAUGAAACAAAAAGUGACCUGGGCUAAACUCAAAGAGCUAGUAACACGGUUUUUCCAACGAGUAUAAAGCAGACCACACCUACCUAGAGGUCAAUCAGUCAAGAUGGUUGAGGACAUGAAAAGUAUCCCCGUGCAAGACUCAGUUGCGUUUUUGCGAUUACGAGACCAUUACAAAAAUGACUUGUUGGAAGACAGUCGUUUAAACAAAGCCACACAUCAUCUCUUGUUAACGAGUCCAUCCUCAGAUGCGUGGAAACGACCUCAGUUAAAAGCUGUUGGCAGAGAACUAAGACAGUGGACUAAACGCGUUCGUCAGCCAGGUGGAAGUCGUGUGGGAGCGGGUGGAGGAGAUGUAGAGGAAGAGGAUGAGGAUGAAAUGAAUCUAGCCGCAUGA